AUGUCUGCCUUUAAACUAUCUACUCUUCCGCUGUUGUUCUUGUACGGGACGGCGGCAGCCUCUCCGUUCGUCCCUGAGGUGAACCUGUAUCCGCGAGCAGCAUGCUCGGGGAAUACGGCUACGACCAGGAACGAGUGGUGUGACUACUCUAUCGACACCGACUAUAUGACCACGGCUGUCGAUACUGGAGUGACCAAGGAGUAUUGGCUCGAGCUUACCGACGUGACCGUCGCCCCUGAUGGAGUCUCUCGAACCGCCAUGGCCGUUAACGGCUCAAUUCCAGGACCAACCAUUUACGCUGACUGGGGUGAUACCGUGGUUGUGCAUGUCACCAACUCCCUCACCACUUCCAACAACGGCACAUCCAUUCACUGGCACGGUAUCCGUCAGAACUACACCAACGAGAACGAUGGUGUCGUUUCCAUCACUCAAUGCCCGCAAGCACCUGGGGAGACCAGGACAUACACUUGGAAGGCACUCCAGUACGGAUCUACCUGGUAUCACUCGCACUUUGCACUCCAAGCAUGGGAGGGUGUUGCCGGCGGUAUUGUCAUCAACGGCCCAGCUACUGCCAACUACGAUGAAGAUCUCGGAAUGGUAUUCUUGUCCGACUGGGAUCACGAAACGGUAGACGAACUUUGGAUUUCUGCAGAGACAAACGGCCCCCCUACUCUGGACACUGGUCUCAUCAACGGUACCAACGUCUACAAUGACACUGGAUCGAGAUUCAAUGUUUCGUUCACUUCCGGAACUUCUUACCGCAUGAGACUCGUUAACGGUGCCGUUGAUACCCACUUCAAGUUCUCUAUCGACAACCACACCAUGCAAGUCAUUGCAUCUGAUCUUAUUCCGAUUCAACCGUACAACACAACCAUCCUCAACAUUGGCAUGGGACAACGCUACGACAUCAUUGUCACGGCUGACCAAGCCUCAGUCGCAGAUAACUUCUGGAUUCGAGCCAUUCCUCAGGCAGCAUGCUCUGAGAACGACAAUGCGGACGAUAUUCGUGGCAUCGUUACAUACACUGGUACCGUGGAUACGCCUACAACUACCGGCUACAACUACACCGAUUCUUGUGACGACGAAACCGCGAACCUAGUUCCAUACAUCUCCAAGACUGUGGGAACUUCCAGCGUCUCCGACAACGAGGAUGCCUCGGUUGCUCUCACCGACAGCGUCUUCAGAUGGACCUUAAACAGCACGUCUAUGCUAGUCAACUGGACUGACCCCACUCUUGCGCAAGUCUUGGAUGAAGUUACCGACUUUGAGACCGACGACUCCGUGAUCCAACUAUCAGAGGCAAAUGUGUGGUUCUACUUGGCCAUCACCACUGAACUUGCCGUCCCCCACCCGAUCCAUCUUCACGGACAUGACUUUUACGUCCUUGCCCAAGCCACCGGCACCUACUCCAGCAAUGUCACCCUCAACCUAGACAACCCACCUCGCCGAGACACGGCUAUGCUGCCCUCUAGUGGAUAUCUCGUUAUCGCCUUCGAGACCGAUAACCCCGGUGUCUGGCUCAUGCACUGCCACAUCGGUUGGCAUACGGCCGAAGGGUUCGCGUUGCAAUUCGUCGAGAGAUAUGAUGAGAUCGCGGGUAUAACAAACUCGACCUUAUUGACCGACGAGUGCGCAGCCUGGACGACAUUCCAGGACGCAGAGGACAUUGACCAAGACGACUCCGGAAUAUAA